CCUCAAGUAACUUAAGGUACUCUACUCUUGGUCACGGUGGUUCUUUUCUGGUAUCGUUCUUUUUUCAAAAAUCCAACUAUUUUACGAAGAAAUGAGAUAUGUAAAAUUUUUAUAACACUUACAAAAGUUCACGUUAUGUUAUUCUGUAGCUGGCUUUCUUAAUAUUGCGCAGAAUAUGCAAUAUUAAAAUUCAAUUUGUGAUAGAAGAUAACCAAACAGCUUGUCUAUCCUGUGUGCGCCUGUUGUACAAAUAUUGUAAAAUAUGAAUCUUCUCCCAAAAACGCACGAGGAAUUCAGUCAUGCAGAAUACUGGAACACGUUCUUCAAAAAACGUGGCAAGAAAGCAUUUGAAUGGUAUGGUGAAUAUCCAGAAUUAUGUGAAAUACUUACAAAAUAUAUCAAAAUAAAGGAUAACAUUCUAAUCGUUGGCUGUGGAAAUUCCACAUUAAGCAUGUCUUUAUAUGAUGUUGGUUACAGAAAUAUCUUUAAUAUUGAUAUAUCACAUAUUGUCAUCAAACAAAUGCGUGAUAUAAAUAAUGACACAAGGCCGGAUCUGGUGUAUGAACAUAUGGAUGCCACACAAAUGACGUAUCCUGAUGAAAAAUUCAGUGUAAUUCUUGACAAAGGUACAUUGGAUGCUCUAAUGCCAGAUACCAAAGAAGCAACGAUAUCUAUAAUUGAUAAAUAUUUCAAGGAAAUCACACGAGUGUUACGAAAUGGAGGCAGGUAUGUCUGCAUAUCAUUGCUACAGGAACACAUUCUGCGUAAACUCCUGUCAUACUUUCCCGCUUCAGGCUUUAUGUUCCGCGUAGCACGAUGUCACAAAGCCGAGUCUAAAGCACGUGCGGAGGAAGGCAGUUUAGUUCCGGUCUUUAUGAUCAUUGCUACAAAAUUCACCAAAUUAUCCCAGACCGUUCUCGAGAUGGCUCUGGUCGAUGGCCCACCUGAACGAUUAUCUACGACAGACGACAUGGUAUCCGCCGUACUAUCUGCUCAACAAUCGGCAUUGGUGUGCAACAGUCUUUACAAAAGAAGUGUCGCCGACGUGGGAGAAGUAUCGCUAGAUUUGCAUCGUCCGGGUGACAAGCAUCCACGAUACACCGUCUAUGUUCUUGAUCAACCACGCACGCAUGGGGCAAAGACAUACGCGGCUUUCAUUGUUCCACAAGGAAAAGAAACAGAUUGGUUGUUCAGUACGAAAGAAGGACGACAGCAGGUUCUGAAAAGCGCGCAGCGAGACAGACUCGCAAUUGUCACCUUACGCAGGGAACACAAAUUCGAAAAUUGGGACGCCGUGAAAACGGAGUUGGAAGAUUGCGUUCGUAAUUUAGCACCAGCCGAUUUAUGCAAAAACGACAUUCCCUUUUUGUCUCUGGGUUCCGAUGUUGGAGUUCGAAACGUUUGUUACGAAGGGAAGAGCGACAUUAGUGGGCCGUUCGUUAUUGAAGAAGUGGAGAAAGAUGGCCACGAGUUCCGGCGGCUUGUAUUCCUCAAUAAUCCGUACGUCAUUCAGAGUGAAGCCAGAUUGAAGGAAGCAAAAUCUAGACGUGGUAAAACAAAAAAAAUAGCCGAUCCUGGAUUCUUAGCUUGUGAACAUCACAUACAUAUGAGUGCUGGCGUAAAUGCGAUAAUCGACACAAAAGAACAGGACAAAAUUAUGAUUAUAGGACUUGGAGGUGGUGGUCUUUGCAUGUUCUUACAUCAAUGUUUUCCCAAACUAAAAAUUACUGCAGUCGAAAUUGACAAUGCGAUGUUAAAAGUAGCUACCGAAUACUUCAAUCUUAUUCUCGAUGACCGAAUGAGAGUAGAGAUCGCGGAUGGAAUUCGAUAUAUUAAAGACGCCGCGACAUCUAAAACGAAGUAUAAGGCGAUACUGUUCGACGUCGAUAGCAAAGACACUACCGUCGGAAUCAGUUGUCCACCUAAACAAUUUCUCGAAAUGUCAGUGCUAAAAGCAGUCGCGACGUGCUUGACGGAAAAUGGUCUUUUUAUCUUAAAUCUGGUCAGCAGAGACCAAAGUUUGAAGCAAAAAAUCAAAGAUGAUCUAAAAUUGGUGUUCCAAUCGAUCACCUAUCACGCCAUUCAAGAUGAAAUAAACGAGAUUGUUAUGUGUUCCCUCGAAAAACACAAUCUAAAAGAAUGGAAAAACAGACUUAAACUCGCCGUUGUCGACUUGAAUGAGCGAGCGACCGCAAGAAAAUUAUCCUCUUUCAAGGAAUCAUUUGAAGUCUCCAAACUUUUAGAAAGUUUAUCUGUAGAAUCGUAAUCACUUUGUAGAUAUGUUCAUCGUGACAAAUAAAAUUAAAAAUAUAAUUUUUAAUAAUUAA